CCAACGUCAACACCAAAGAAAAAGAUUCAAUUCAGCCUUCCGUUCAAGCACAUAUCAACCUUGAUGUGCGAAUAGCAAAUUGAUUGCCUAAUUCAUUAUGUCAGUAACUAUUUUGAAUGCUAACCGCAGACUGACCUACUUCUGCAUAUUACAGAGAAUUCGUGGUCGCAUGAUGCACAGCCAAGCUGGGCCAGAGGUUCUGAUUGAGAGGGUGGGCAGUGCAGGGGUAAUCACACUAAACCGACCAAAAGCUCUGAAUGCCCUGAACCUGUCUAUGAUCCGAAUGAUUUACCCUCAACUUAAGAAAUGGCAGGUAGAUGAAGAGGCAGCCAUUGUCAUUAUUAAAGGAGCAGGUGGAAAGGCAUUUUGUGCGGGUGGAGACAUCAGGGCUGUCACAGAAGCAGGAAAGGUUGGAGAUCCUCUCGCACAGGAUUUCUUCCGCGAGGAAUACAUUCUGAACCAUGCAAUUGGAACGUUACAGAAACCAUAUGUGGCCCUUAUUGAUGGAAUCACUAUGGGAGGGGGCGUCGGCCUCUCCGUCCAUGGGCGUUUUAGGGUGGCGACGGAGAAGACGCUUUUUGCCAUGCCAGAAACAGCAAUUGGGCUGUUUCCUGAUGUUGGAGGUGGCUACUUCCUGCCGAGGUUGCAAGGCAAGCUAGGUCUGUUCCUUGCCUUGACGGGUUUUCGUCUAAAAGGACUUGAUGUGCAGAGAGCAGGGGUGGCCACUCACUUUGUGAAGUCUCAGAAGAUUGCAGCCCUUGAGAAGGACCUGGUUGAGUUGAGGUCUCCCUCCAAUGCAGAUGUUUCUAGAAUACUAGAUUCCUACCAGAAACAGAGCAUUCUCGAUGCAGAAAAUGGAUUUGUCCUUCAACAGCACACAGAUGUGAUUGAUAGACUUUUCAACUCUAGCAGUGUGGAAGGGAUUCUGCAGAACCUGAAGACAGAGGGAUCACCAUUCGCACUUAAACAGGCUGAGAUUUUAUCCCAGAUGUCUCCUACGUCGCUAAAGAUAACCUUCAAACAACUGCAGCAGGGCGCCACCAUGAGUCUGCAGGAAGUGCUGGUGAUGGAGUAUCGGCUCAGUCAGGCAUGCAUGAGGGGCCAAGACUUCUACGAGGGAGUUAGAGCUGUGCUCAUAAACAAGGAUCAAAAUCCGAAAUGGAAUCCCUCAACACUGGAAGAGGUGUCAGUGCAGGAUGUGGAUGAAUGUUUCUCCUCCUUGGGAGACCAGGAUCUUCGACUCAGAGGCCCAAGACAGCAUUCACCCUCAGUUCUCCACCACCUAUGAGUCCCACUGUCACACUCUUGCUAAUGAACAUUUCUAAAUGUUUGUUAGUUUACUACACAAUACCCUAACAGUGCAGUGCUACAGUAACAACAUUCCCUGAAAUAAGAUAGAAGCUGGUUUGCCAGAAGCUAUUUGGCUACUAAAAACAGGAUUUGUUGGUUUGUCCAGUGUUUGUGAUGACUAAAAUUAAAACAAACUAAUGUCCCCUUCAAUAGGACAUAGCUGUGAACAGUUCAGAGGUGAGCAAUAACAUUGUUGCAGAAGCAGGAAGAAUCAGAAAAAGGGAAUUAUUCAAGUUGUGUGGGUGGUCUCUUGGGUAAGGCAGAACAGAGUACUCUAAAGAGAAACAAUAGCUAUGUGUUGUCAGUUUCUCUCAGUCCACCUGAAAAGUCGGCCAAAAUAGGCAAUGUUUGUAGCUCAGGCAUAUUAGAAUUAUUAGUAAAAUUAGAUUUGUUCUCGCACUGGUACAAAGCUAACAUGUGAGGCAAAUAAUUGGCUGCACUCUUCAGUAGAGCUGUACUCUGUUAAUGAUUGUUGAAAUUAAGAGAAUAGAUUAGAGUAAUAAUAUGAUUUAUUAAUCGACAAGAGUCCGGAUUUAGACCGUUCCCAUUUAUCGAAUAACUACCUGUAGUCCCCGAAAAGGUCUUUUGGAUUUGAAAGAUUGUCUUUACUAUAACCAAGCAUCAACGAGAAUUUAUUACAUGGCUAGUAAUACAUUGCAUGUGCAUUUAAUAGGAUUCAUGUUCAAAUGAGACGCUUCUUUAGAAAGUUAUUGCAUACAUGGUUGCAGUCCUCUUUUACUGUCUAUUUACUGUUGUGUUCCCAAUAUGGGCCAUAUAAUGCUGUCUAAAUUUGAUUAAAUUAUAUCGUUUUUUCAAGCAGAUCAAUAUAGCAGCUUUCGAGGGCUCUCUGUAACAAGUUGACGUUAGAACAGUUCCUGAACUUGAUAGCAGCAAAAUAGUAUAAUGUUCUCUAUAUUAAAAAAAUUCAAGUAGAUGAAUUGUGUCGAAACAUAUAUUUGGGUACCUAUGCCAAGGAUUGUCUGUUAAUGAGUGCUUGGGGUACUGGAUAUGAACAUGGUUCUUUUGAUUAUUUCUGAGUUCCGGUUGUCAUAAAAUGUCAAAUGUUGUUGCAUUCUUUACUGUGCUUAUUGUAACUGUUACUGGUACAUUGUGUGCAGAGCAAAUUGAACUGAUUAACAUCUGUAAGUGGGGAAAUGUUUAUAACAAUGACAUAUUCCGCCUAAAUAUAUUAUUGUCUUUUGGAUGUAUUUAAAUGAAGGGGGUUCUCAGAUACCUUGCACAGCCAUCUCAAAUAACUGUUUUGCAACACUACGUGGCAAACAGAAAUUGGGGAGGAUAGGAGGAAAAGCACCCGCUACGUAGUGUAACAUGUUCAAGUUAGUUCUUAUGUUCAAAUGUAGAAAUAAUUUGACUAGCAAUCGAACUUACUAUAAAACUAGGGUCAGGUAAUGCACCUAACGUUUAUACCCAUCUUCAUAAGAAACAUUAAUCAUACAAUCAACAUAGUAUAUAGCUAUCGAUCAUAUUACAACACAAAGGAUGAAUAUUAAAAAAGGGUCCAGGUGAACGGGAAGACAGACACAUCUAGUCACUAAGGCUCUAGAUCAGUGGUUCCCAACCCUGGUCCUCAGGGAACACCUGUCCUGCAUGUUUUAGAUGUUUCCCUGCUCCAACACACCUGAUUCAAAUGAAUGGGUCAUUAUCCAGCACUGCAGAAGCCUGCUUAUGACCAUUCAUUUGAAUCAGGUGUGUUGGAUAUAAAUAUAUAGGCUAUCCUAUAUUAUAGAUUAUUUAUAUAAACUUUCGAAAGAAAUUAGCUAAAUUACUUAGAAAUUUAGUGUGAGCGAAGAACCAAUUGGUCGUUCUCUGCUAGUUUCUUCACUGUGUGUUGCAGAUAAAUUAGUUUCAGGCUGGAAUCAAGCAUUGGAAAUGUUUGUAAUGGAUGCAAAUAAAAAUGUGACCAUGCUUUGA